AUGUCGUUUGAUGCUGAUCAAUUUAUUGACCAGGGGUUAGACUGGGAUAGGUUUAACUCUCUUAGAAAGCCAGAACUUAUUGUACUGGCUCGAUAUUUCGAUUUAAACGUAAAAUAUGCAAUGAGAAAACAGGUAAUUAAGAACUUACUGAUAGAUUACUUGGUGCAGGAGGAGAUGUUUGAUGAGAGUGUCUUGUUAAAUAGAGUGGAGAUUGCUGAUACGCAGCAUACAGAACAAGAGGGAGAUAUGCAGUUGAAGGUUAGGGAAAUGGAAGUGAAGUUGGAGUAUGAGAUGAAAGAAAUGGAUAUAAAGUUGGAGUAUGAUAGGAUGGAAUUUGAGAAAUGGAGAAUGUCAAAGGAAUCGGAGUUAGAGGAAAAGAAGUUGCAGACAAGUCAAUCGUUAAAUGAAUCAUACAUGGAGAUUAGAGGUAAAGUAAAAGUUCCGAAACUACCUGCAUUUUGUGAAAGCAAUGAUGAUAUUGAUUCCUACAUUAAUAAAUUUGAACGCUAUGCGAAAAAUCAAAAGUGGCCAGAAAAUGAAUGGGCUACCAACUUAAGCGCGCUGUUAACGGGUGGUGCAUUGGAAGUUUAUUCUAGACUCCCAAAUACAGACGCUGAGAAUUAUCAAUUGUUAAAGUGCGCAUUACUUAAGCGAUAUGAUUUUAAAAUUGAAGGGUUUCGCUCAAAAUUUAUGUCUAGUAAACCAAAUCCAGGAGAAACAGGGCAUCAGUACGCGACUAGGCUAGAACAUUAUCUUCUUAGGUGGGUGGAGUUGGAAGGGAUUGGAGGAUCUUACGUAGAGUUAAAAGACUUAAUUCUACGCUCCCAAUAUAUUGAGGGAUGUCCUAAAGAUUUGGCGCUUUUCCUAAAAGAGCGAAAGUUACAUACGCUUAAAGAGGCUACAGCUGCUACAGACGUCUAUCUUGAGGCCCGGGGAGGGACAUUUAGUUGUUUAAAUGCCCGUGACAGUGCUACUGUCAAGUCAUAUCGUAAUCAACAAUCUAAUUUUAACAACAUGAAUAAACAAUCAUCUUAUCAGCCUAAUAACCAGCAUUAUUCUUACAGACAGUCAUCACUUUCUCGUAAUGAUAAAAGAUGCUAUAAUUGCAAUCAAGCAGGUCAUAUAGCCAAGGACUGUUCAAAGAAGAAAUGCAGAUCAUGUGGUAAGAUCGGUCAUUUUUCUAAGGACUGUAGGAUGCCUAGGGUCGGGGCGGCUAUGGAAAGGGAAGUUCAUGAAGAUGUUGCAUGCCUUAUGAUUAAAGUACCGGAGGUUGGAUUUCAGCAGGAUAACUUUGGUCAACCACUUCAAAAGAUGGUACAGUACGAGAGGCUCCUGUUGCAACACUCCAAGUCAACACUCCAUAUUAUAACGGUUGGGUCACCGAAAGUCGAUGGAGGAAGUGAAUCCACCCAAGUCGUCGUACCUAAGAUGUACAGGUCACAAGUAAUGCGAGUUGCACAUGAAAGCUUACUCGGUGGACAUCAGGUGCCUGUAAGACCACUGAUAAAGAUAGCAGUAGAUCUUGUAGGACCCAUUCAUCCCAUGACUGAACGGAAGAAUAGGUAUAUUCUCACCAUUGUAGAUUAUGCCACUCGGUACCCCGAAGCAGUGCCCCUCCCUAGUAUUGAAGCGGAAAGAUUUGCUGAGGCACUUGUGAAAGUGUUCUCACGUCUAGGAGUCCCACGUGUAAUGCUCACUGACCAAGGGGCUCAGUUUACUUCCGAGGUUAUGAG